AUGGUCCUCCUCACGACCAGCGAAGAAUGGCAGCGCCAGUCGUCCCUCUUGCUGCAAGCCCGACCCACCACAGCUCGCAUCUCCGUCAAAUACAACGUCCCGAACCUCCAGUCAGCCAAAUACCAGAGACGCAAGAAGUUCACGAAGGCCAUCGAGCGUGAAGACAAACCCACCGCCGAAACUGCGCAGCCGAAAGUGCCAAAAGCUAUUUUGUGCUUAAAAACCUACGACCCCGAGUCCGGCGUGUGCCUACAGUUCAAGACAGAUAGAGCAGCGGAGGUCGGUCGUCUGAUCAAUGGGUUAGGGAAGCUGGGGAGACAUAUGGCGGCCUUGCCGCAGAAGACCGAAGAUACUGUCAUGGAGGAUGCGCCUCCUGUGGAGACCACCGCCGGCCAGGAUCAACCCGCUGCGACUUCGACUGACAAGCCUUCCGUGCCUGCAGGUGGUGGUGGCGGGGGCGGUGGGAAGAAGAAAAAGAAGGGCAAGAAGUGA